UCCUGGCAAAGGAAACUCCCUGAUUUCUGGUGGUGCUUGUAGUUCCCAGAGAUACUAACACAUAUUGGCUUGACAUAUAAAAGACUUCGAGGUUUUCUUUCCAGACACCUUACUUCACUAACAACACUGAAGUGUUCCUGGUUUUGCAAAUAAGUGACUCCUGAUUGGGAAUGUUGCUUCUGCAAAUUCUUCUCCAGUCUUGGACUCUCUAUCAUUGGGCAUAUGGUGAAGAAACUCAUAACUUCAUCAUGACAUUGACUGCCAACUUUUCAAAAGAGAACUCUGCGGAAUUUGUGGGCAAUGCCUUCCUAGAUGGGAUACUGAGCCAUAGCUUGGAGGGUGAUAUUGAACAACUGAACGUGAGCCAAUUGUUAUCAUUAGAGGCACCAAACCUCUGGGAACAGACGGAAAGCAAACUGCACAAAUACCUGCAGAGCUUCCAGGGAAUGGUUAUGAUACUCUCUAAGGAAAAGAUCAUAUCCUAUCCCAUAUCCAUAUAUUGCACAAAGGGGUGCGUAGUGUCUGAAAAUAUCACCAGAAGCUUCUACAAGAUUUGGCUGAAUGGGAGUGAUUUCCUGAAAUUUCACACAAAUAGUAAUAACUGGGAAGGUUUGUCUAACACUCUUGUGGCCAAUUAUACCAGUAAGAAGCUGAAUCAAUUCCCAGAGACAACCACCAAUCUACAGUUCUUCCUACAAGAAACAUGUGUCAACUUUGUAAGGGCGCAUACUAACAACAAAGAAGCUAGUACUGGGCAACGUGAAGGACCUUCACACACUCCACUAGUGAUAGGCAUCAGCAUCGGUGCUCUUGCUCUAAUGGGAUUAGCCGUUUGCCUGUUCUUGUGCACUGGUGGGAAGAGAUAGCAGAAGCACGGAGAGACAAAUGAACCAUCAGCUUUCUUGGUUUCUCAGUGGAGCCAAUUGGAAGAGAAACAUGCAGGACUCGUAAUGUGAGGGGAAACAGACCAUCACUAUGAGAAAUAUAGGAAUCUUAUAUCUAUCUGAAAAAAUGGUUGUCUUUUCUCCUUUAAAGAAGCUUCAGCUGGUGUAGGUGGUUUUGGACUAGAAGGUCCAGGGUCAAGUUCCCACCUGACCACAGAGUUCAUUCAUCACUCUGAGUCAGUCACUUUCAAUCCAACUCAACCCAAUAUGCCAGUUUUCAUAUGGCAUUAUAUUUUAUCAUGCUGAGAGCCAGUUCGGUCUACUGUUUAAGGCACCAAGUUAGAAACCAGGAAACUGAGUUCUAGUUCCGCCUUAGACAUGAAAGCCCGCUGGGUGACUCUGGGCAGUCACUCUUUCUCAGCCACAAUGUUGGGCUCGGGCGACAAGCCUGUCAUAACCAAUGCAUCAAAGCUUGGUUGAUCUGGGGGAAAAAAGGAACUCUGCAUUUGUAGGGGAAGAAAUGGUGUAGGAAAACACUAGAAUAUAUAUUUUUUUUUAUCAUGCUGUGUCAGUAAAUACCUGUUUAUUUACAUAUUGUGCUGGUUUUUUAUUGUGACCAUGUUGCAUUUUAUUAUGUUCUGUUGGCAAUGUUUUAAUUUGCACGGUAUUAUACCCAUUUUUUUGGGAGGUAUUUAACAAUCAGAGUUGCAUGCUCUUUUAUUUCUUUAUCCAUCAGGCAAAUACAAUGUAAAAAUCUAGAAUGCCUGAAUUUCUUUUUGUUUUUUUCUAUGUUCAUCUUUGAAAGAUCCUGAUACAAUUAAAGUUGUAUGAAAAUUUUAGGCAUUCCUGAUCAAAUCACAUUACAGAGCUUUAACAAAGGAAAUAUACUGAGGGCAAUGUGAUACACCUCAGUUGAUUUUGGAUGGCUCUUUCUAUACUUCUGUAGUUCCAAAGGCAAUUUAUGAUGACAAAUCCUGUGGACCUUUAUAAGCCUGUGGACCUUUAAAAGCAUUCAAAAUUAGCAACUGUAUGUUUUAAAUUAAAUUGGGUCAAACUAGAAAUAAUGCUUCUCUCAAGAGGCUUUUACAGAAUGUCUUCAGAAAUUUACUAAAAAUUAGGAUUCCACUAUUUUUUUUGGAUGCUUAGGAUUACAGUGCUUAUCAAGAAAAUGAGAUAAUAACUCCAUGCAUUUUAUCCUUAUAACACUGAGCAGCCAGCCAACAAUUGCAAAAUUGCUGCCUGUUCAUCACUUCUAAGUGCUCUAAAGAUCCUCCAAAAAUCCUCACUUAAUUAAGGAUUUUAUUAGCUGUUCGCCAGAAUUUAGACCUGGGGUUUUCAGUUAUGAGCUGGCAUAAUCAUAUAUUUAAAUAGUCAUUUUAAAAAAAAAAGCAUUUCACCUAUCAAGUUUCCUUUCAUUUGUAGAACUUAGAAUAUAGUUCUUAAAACAGAAAAAAGAAUGGCAUAAUUGGCUGGAUAUUUUUUAUAAAGUUAUUCCAAUC